AUGGCGCCAUGCAGCGAGAACAACGUCGUUUCUUCUUUGCCAACCACAGAGGAACCAACCUUGACCGGAGCCCUACCUACUCUUCCGUUUGAACUUGUGGAAGAAAUACUAUGUAGACUACCUCGGUGUUGGUGUCCUAUGUUUUCAACAUUAUCUGUGUCGGAGUGUCCGUGUCGUGUCGUGUCCCGGUGUCCGUGUCGGAGUCUGUGCUUCAUACUUCCUUCUUUAUACAGCUUUGGAUAUGACCAUACCAAUGAUGUUUACAAGGUUGUUGCUAUUUCUUUCCUUAACCAUUCAGAAAAAGUAGUUAAUGUUUAUACUUUGGGUACGGACUAUUGGAGGAGGAUUAAGGACUUUGCAUAUUAUCCAAUGCUUGCACCAGGAGUAUUUGUGAGCGGCGCUGUUAAUUGGUUUGCAUAUGAUGUUUCGAGUGGUUCUUAUAGUAUCAUUGUUUCUCUUGAUUUGAAGAAUGAGUCGUAUCAAAACCUUCCUCGGCCGAAUUUGGAGAAGGGUUAUUUCACUUUGGGGGUGUUAAGGGAUUGCUUGAGCAUCUUUGCAAACAAUGAUGUGUUUUUGAAUAUUUGGGUUAUGAAAGAAUUUGGAAAUAAAGAGUCUUGGACUAAAUUGUAUGGUGUUCCUUACGUGGAAAUUCCGGGUGUUGUUCAUUACUAUACCAAGGUUGUAUAUAUUUCGGAGGAUGAUCAAGUGCUAUUCGAUGGUUAUGAGUGGAGGAAUCUCAAUUUGAAGUUGGCUGUUUACAAUGCGAAAACAGGUACUUUUGAGAUUCCUGAGAUUCCAAACCUCAAUAAGAUGGAGCCAAGAGUCUACACUGAGAGUUUGAUAUCACCAUGUUCUUAA